CUCGUUUCGAAACGGUAUUAUAUGAACUUGUGUGGAUUAACUCAUUUUCUUUGUAUGUGCGUGUGUUUGUGUCUUCUUUUCGAUCCGUGGAAAUAAUUGUACGGAUUGUAGUUUCUCUAAAAGAAGGGAAUCUUUUUCGGACAGAUGAAAAUGAAACUUCGGAGUCUAUAUAAGUUUUAUUUAAGUGUGGUACGCUGAAAAGGAUGAGUUGGCGAAUGGCGAUGUUGAAAGCACUCAUCUUCUGCAUCGUUCUAAUAGCUCUGGCAGCUGGAGGACCAGCCAGGCCUGCCAAGACUCGUGCCGGUCGUUUUCGGGGAUUGGGACGUGCACGCAAAAAUUUUAAAGAAGCUAUUCUCAACACUAGAAGAAAAAUUUUCAAUUGGAGAACAUUAGAAAAUCCACAGCUAGAUCUGACACAAGAUGUCAAUUGUUCAGAGUGCAUCUUUGGAAUGUGCAGAAGUGAUCCUGCCUUGCAAGAACGCGAGCUUGACACAAUUUAUCCCGGAACAUUCAUGAGAAUUGAAGAUAUCCAUGAACGCUCAUUGAUAACCUACGGUUACCCCUUACCACUUGUGUUCAGUGACACAAUAGGUCAAGAAGGAAUAAUAACUAGCGCUACAGUGGGGAAUUAUUCAAAGAAUAGUUCAGCUACAUCUUUACCUCCUGUUGUGUUUCUUAGCGAUGCAAUUGCUUCCAGUGGGUUAUGUGAUAACAUCAAUAACAUUGCGACACCCGAUGGAGAUUUAUGUUGUCCAACAAAUUUAUAUUCCUAUAUACCCGACACCCUUGUAGAUAUUGAUAACGUCACACAUAAAAUCCCCCAUCUGGUGUCGGAGGAGAAAUACCAAGUGCUUCAGAUUGGCUGUUGUGGAACAGCAGGAUCUUGCACUGGUGUGUGCAAGGUACAAAAUACACUGCACACACUGUUUGUGUGGACUAAUACCACUGAAGGGGUUGUUCCAGACUUCAAAACGUUUUUAACUCCAGGAUACUGUUCAUGUAGGAGCAUAACCCGUUAGCAGCGCCAGAGAAACGAGGAUAUUUAUAUGUAUGCAGCGAGUAUUUAUGGGUGUAUUCACGAGAGCAAGGGAAAUUAUUCGGAGUCGCCCUGUUUUUCAGACCAUAUAGUAACCAGGGGGAUGUUCAACACAAUAUGUCAGAUAGGGGAUUCAUUAACAAAUAUGGUUGGAGGCUUAGGAGGGGGUGAGGUUCCACAGCAAGCAGGGUCAUCCCUCACUCACUUCCGCCUGAUUCCCUUUACGACCAGUGUAAAAUGAGAAUUCCGUAUCCAAGAACACUCAGUGGUAGGGGGCAUUGUCCAAGAUAGUGUCACAGUUCUCACUUUGAAGAAUAGAAUGGAGUAGUAGAACGGCGCCUUCUUUUAGUUUAUUUACCAGCAUACAUACAUACACUGUCCCCAACCCCUUUCAUUCAACAGUAAUCUAUAAAUAGACAAUUCCCAGUGUAGUUCUAUAACUCUUACCCUCGUUACAUUUUGUCUAUAAAUCUAACGGUGUAUAAUGCUGUAUGAAUCACACUAGAAAGAGGACAUAAACAAUGCACCGGUAUUGAGGAAUAAAAUAGGUUUUUGUGUCUGUCAUGUUGCUGAAGAUGAAAAUUGUUAUUUAUGAAAACAGGCAUCACUAACAAAAUUUUUAAAAAGAGUUAUGGUAAUGCCGUUGAUGUUCAGGUGAAUUUUCUUAUUGAAAUUCCAUGACGUACUAUGGUAUAUUGUCAGGUGUAGGCCUAAAUACAGUUUAUGUAUCUUAAAUUGUACAUCGAGGUGAAAGGUUCAGUUCAUUUUUAACGGCAGGGCACAUACAGGGAACGUAUUAAAUCGUCGUAUUUGACUAAAACCAAGUUUUCGGGGUUUCUUUUGAAUGAAAAAGGACACUGGGGAAUAUAGUCAGUAGGGUGAUAGUUAAUAAAUAAUGAAAAACUGAUGUAGUCCCCAAGCACAGUGAUUUUUAUACACAAUGUUAAAUAGUGUGUUUACAUGGAUCUAACGAUGUCGCUACUUAAAUUCGUUCAUGAUUUAACUGUAUUAAUUUUUAUUAUAGCUAUUAGUUAACUGUCUGAUUUACAGAAAGCUAGAAAAGCAAUAGAAAUUUAUAAUUUCAAAAACACGACCAUUCUAAUACGUUUCUUACCGUUUGAGGGGAAUUUUAGGGGACAACCUAAACAGCAAACGCAUAUUUAUUCUUUUCAAUAGGAAAGACGAAGGAGAAAAGGUCUCGAAUUUUAAAUUUUAAUGAGUGAGUGAACGAAAAUUGAAUUGUCGUCAUCUUUAAAAUAAUGUGAAAAUACAUGAGGUUAUGGGGGGUUUAUCGGAUAUCCUGUCUUCCGGGUGAUUUAAUUUAUUUUAAGCAAAUCUAAGAUACGUAGUUAAGGAAAUCGAAUCGUUAAUAUGAGCUGUCAAAAUUAUGUACACGCCCAUUUCCUUUAUCUUUUCGUCUGAUGGGGGCGUAUUUCGACAGCCUACGCCUGAAUUAACGAAGUACAUUCGCUCUACAAAGUUUAGAUUAAGGUAAAUGAUUUUAAUCUAGUUAUGACUAGAGGUUACGCCUGUUAUAAUUACUAUCAUUAUUAUUUCAAUAUGUACUGUCUUUGAUAUUGAUAAUAUUGAAUGUCUCAAUUCAGUGUUACAUAAUUAUAUGCACAGUUUAGCCAGUUUUUUAAAGUUUUGCUUACACAGUAUAUAAAGAAAAAUAAGAACUAAAAGAAAUUUGGUUAAAAAGCAAAUGUUUUCUAAAGAGGCCUGGCGGUUUUUUAACCUACAAAACAUCACGUGUCGAUCUUUUAUCAAAGGGCCUUGGUCACAAAACUAACUUGUCGAUGUAAUCUCCGUAAGUUGAUUCUCUUUAUAAUAGACUUACUUUAAACCGUCAUUGUUAAAACCAAAAAACUAUUUCGCCACAUUUGAGAUUUGUUCACUUAAUGUGCAUUUAUUCAUAUAACAUGAAGUAUUUCACCUUUUAUGUAGCCAGCUGUAAGUAGCCUACCUCGUCUUGGUUUUUCAAACUUUCGGAAAGCCAAGCUUUAAAAUACCUCGAUAAUGCCAGCACGUUAUUUAGG